CUUGGGAACCCAAGAACCGUCACAUGGCCUGACCCAGAUGGAGUGUUUUGGCAGCUCUCAAUAUCCUUUGUUCUUUUUUCUGCAGGAAAAGUCAGUGGAGUCCCAGCCUAGUGUUUCCGUGAGUUAAGGGCCGGGAACAGGAAAUUAAUAGUCAGGGCUAUUAAUACUGCCUUCCCCAGGCAGCUCUGAACAGAGCAGCACCUCACAGGCUCCCUUCACAGCAUGGAGAUCUCCUGGUGUGAAUUUCUAUCAUACAGGCUUGUACUGUGGUGUAGCCUCUGGGGACUCUGUUUGGCAAGUCCGGACUAUGAUGAUUACUCCCAGAACAGCACCAACGAGCAAGUGAUUACAUCGGCAAACACACUGUGUCCCCGGGCCAUCCCAGGAAAGACGGUGACUCGUGGCAACGUCACCUACCUGUCCAUCCAUGAGGAUUCCCGCUCUCAGCUGAGCAGUGCAGUCACAGUGUGGCUCAUCCCCUGCCUCUACACUGCUGUCUUCCUGGUGGGGCUGCCAGCCAAUGGGCUAGCCCUUUGGGUUCUAGCAACUCGGAUCGAGAAGCUGACCUCUACCAUCUUCCUGAUGAACCUGGCUGCAGCUGACCUGCUCCUGGUGCUGGUGCUACCUUUUAAGAUCUCCUAUUACUUCCUGGGGAACCAUUGGCCCUUUGGGGAGGGCCUGUGCCGGCUCACCACUGCCUUCUUCUAUGGGAACAUGUACUGUUCCGUGCUACUGCUCAUGUGCAUCAGUGUUGACCGGUACCUGGCUGCAGUGCACCCUUUCUUCUCACGCUCCUUCCGCAGCCCAGGCUUUGCUGCCUGCACCUGCCUCAGUGUCUGGCUCAUCACUGCCAUCUUCACCUUGCCCUUGACCCUCUUGCAGCAGUCCUACCCCCUGGAUAAGGCAAACAUCACUCUGUGUCAUGAUGUUCUCCCCAGGCAUGAGGAGGCUGAGUACUACUACUACUACUUUGUGUGCUUGAUCGUCUGCGGCUUCCUUGUCCCCUUAGUGGUGAUGCUGUUUAGCCACUGCUCGGUGCUGUGGAUCCUGCUGGGCAGUGGAGAGAGGUACGCAUAUGCCAUGAAGCUCACUGUCCUCGUGCUGCUCACAGUCGUGGUGUUCUACACACCCAGCAACAUCCUUCUCCUUGUCCACUAUUCCAGCAACUGCUUCAAGCUCUAUGGGGACUUGUACAUCAGCUACAUGGUGAGCCUGGCCCUCAGCAGCUUCAACAGCUGUGUUGACCCCUUCGUCUACUACUACGUCUCUGAGGACUUCAGAGACAAGGUGAGGCAGAGAAUUUUCAGCCGCAGCAAGCGAACCAUCACAUCGCUGAAAACCUCUAAAGAGACUCUCCCUCAGAAGAGCUCCCACUCACAGUCCCUGGUGUGAGGAGCUGGCACCCCUCACUCCCAUCGCAUCUGCUUGCUCCAGAGCUGAGGUUCGGACACGGAUUAGAGCUCUGAGGUAUAGUCUAGGUAGGAAGCUAAUGCAGGCAGGGAGGUGAAGGAGACAGAUUCUUAAGACUGAAUUCAUCAGGUCCUUACGAAGUCCUAAGAGGCUUGGAGCCCAAAUUGAGAUGGUGACCACUGUAUGCAUACUAACCUGUAACAGGGACAGCAGAUAUGACUUCCCAUACGGCUGCUCUGCCCCCUUACUAUGCUCACUGGGUGCUAUAGGCAGGCUGCAUAGUCGACUCUAUAUAUAAUAGCAGAGAUUGCUGGGGGAAGGAACCUAGAGCAUUUGAGGGAAAAGUGGAAGCUUGGGAAUGCAUUUGCCCAGUAUUAAAACCUGCCCGAGCAAACUGACCGGGGGGGGGAGGCCGGGCAACUUAAAGCCACUCACACACUAGUCUCAGCCUCUAAGCCCACACAUCUUGUGCACGGAACCAUUUGGCUGGCGUGUCAGGUAGUUGCUCUGCACACAGCAUGUGUCCAUACGCAGGCAAAGUUAGAAUCUUCUUACCUGACUUGGUAAACCCUCAUUCAUGGAAAUGCCAGAGUCUCCUGUUCCUAGCAAGGUCAACUUUAUCCCUAUUUCAGCAAAAAUAAGUACGUUUAGGGGAAGUAGAGAGUUUUG